AUGUACUCAUGCGUUUGCUUGUCGACGGUGGUCUUACUGUUUUUCGUGCUCCUAUUAAAAUUUUCUUUGUUGAAGUGGUUGCGUUGUACGAAUGCCAAAUUUUGCAGAACCUAUUGUCCGAAGUCACCUUUUGACCCUGACAUGAUAUAAUUUCUGGCUCGGUAUGUUUUUCGCUGCGUGAUAGUAAAUUAAACGCUGUAGAGGACUAUAUAUUUAUAUAUGUUCAUAUUGUGUGGAGAUUCGUUUCUUAUUAAUUUUAUCAAGAGCCUAGAAAUCGGCAGGACUUAGCUUAAACCUGUUCGUGCGAGUCGCUUAUGGAUUGGCGAGGCUGUGACUUGUUUUGAGAAUCAACAACUAGGGUUUCGGUAUGAAAUUAAGUUGUUAGACGUUGCGAUAGCCGUACGUAGAGGGAGCUGUAAAAUUAUCUUAUCCGUCCAUCUUUGCGUUUUGGUGAAUGGUGAGUUUUAUGUGUAGUUCACUAGGAAGGUAAGCAGCAGAAUAUGCGUGACUGCACAGUCUGGUGGAAAAGUAGGGUAGCUGUUUUCUAGAGAAGCAGUACACAGUAGUGACCUUUGCUCAUAUUUGUGGCGAUAAUAAAGGUCGUGAGUAGAUAAAUUUGAGCCUGUCAAGUGAAGCGAAGUCUACAGAUUUCGAUUAGCGAAAGCUUCUUAAUAUGUAGAUUCUUUUUUCUACUCUCACUUUUGUUAUUCCUAAUUUAAUUUAAUCUCCUCAAUUAUACCACGUCCGCUGGACAUUUUCCCUUCAUCCCCUUUUUUUUCGAAGUGCGCGCAUUUUCUCUCCCGUCGCUCGGCUGUUUAGAUAUACAUUAUGAUUUUUGGGUGGAAAUUAAGUUUUGAAGUUUCGUAAGUUUUUCUGGCCAUCUUUGAAGUUUAGCGGAUAGGUGGGAGGGAUUAUAUAUGUUCUAGUGUCCUGUAGUUAUCACUACUUAAAUCUAGCCAUUUAAGUUGAUAGGGAAUAUACUGCAGCUUUGCAGGAGAGCAAACUGAAUGCUGGGCUCAGUUUCCGAUAUGUUAGCUGUCGUGGCUGUUCAUUUUUGUUGUAAGGCCUUGAUUCAUCAGGAGAACUUCAUGUUAUAGUUACUUUGGUUAUAGCGGGACGUUGGAAUUGAUGAGCGACAGAAGGCCUGAUCCGCAUGUAGCGCAGCAAAUUCGGCGUGACAGGUUGAGAAUCCAGAAUAGUUCCCAGCAUUUAGAAGAUUUCCCAAGCAAUAUUGAACACUUAUCGUUACGUCCAGGGAUCAGUCCUGAUCUUCUUCAAGUUAGGAGUGUGAGGAAUGCCAGUAUGCUUUACGAACCUGCUUUUUAUUCAUCGGAGAUGGUCAAUUUUUCAACGGUUACGAAUCCUUUAGCUGAAUCGAGUGGGCUAACAACGCCUCAGUUUGCUUCAUUCCCCUGUUCAUCAAAUCCAGCUUCGUCCAGCUUUCAUUCUGCUCUCGAAGAGCAAUGCGGAAUACGUAACUUUGGCUAUUGGAGAAACAGUGGGUCACCCCAAGUCUGUGAUUGGAUGCCUAACUAUGCCUCUAGUUCGGCGACUAACGAGAGCAAUCCUAAUCCUAAUUCCACUUUUGGCGUGGGAAUCAAUAAUGAAUUAUCAGCUGUACAGUUUUCUCUGAACAAUCCGUCAUCAGGUGAAACGGCGACUCGAGAAAGCCAAAGGCAAUUAGGGGAAAUUCAUCCGAACGCAAUGCAGGAUGUAAUCAAGUCAGCUUCUAUCAGGGGGCGAGGGUCAGAAAUGGCUUCGCUGACGCAACAAAGUGGCCAUGGAAUGUGGGUGGAAAACGGAAAUCAACUCUUUUUUCUUCCAAACUAUGGAAUCCAAUCAAAUCAGUUGCGUCUUGGAAAUCCUGAUUCUUGCACUAAUCGAACGAUCGAUGGUUCUCUCGGUUUUAAAGCUAGUGAUGAGUGCUCAGGUCCUCGAGUGAGCGGCUCCAAUAAUCAGGGCUUAUCUUUAUCACUUUCUUCGAAUUCACAGUCUACGCCUUGCAGAUCGGAUGACCAUCAAUCGCGAUAUGUCCUUUCUAAGGAUCCUCAAUACUCAAAACCUGUGAGAUCUGUUUCAAAUACCUCAUUUAGUGCUGGAGACCGUGUCAAAUCGCUUCAAAACAUGGUGGCCGGAAUACCUUCUUCGAACAUUGAUUAUCGAAACGUGGGGCCUCUCGGCCCUUUCACGGGGUAUGCUACCAUAUUGAAGAACUCGAAUUUCUUAAAGCCAGCGCAGCAGUUGUUGGAAGAAAUCUGUGCUCAACACUCUGAAAAACUUACGAAAGGACCUGAUGUUUCUGGGAGGGUUUCUGGAGAAGUUGGUGGUUCUUCUACUUCUGCGGACGCUGUCAAUGCAAAAAAUGAAAGUGUUGUUAGCGCGAAGGUUAUCAGUUCGGGUGGUUCGUCCUCCAUGUUUUAUUGUUCGAUUGGAAAUGAAAGUAAUGGUGAUGGUGGAACCAGGAGUAGCUCUCGCAUUUCUUCUCGGCCACAAUAUCAACAGAGAAUGGCCAAGUUCCUGUACAUGCAAGAGGAGGUUAUCAAAAGAUACAAGCAACAUAAUCAGCUAAUGCAGACGGUUGUUUCAUCCUUUGAGUCAGUCGCGGGUCUUAGUUCUGCUACUCCUUACAUUUCCAAGGCUCUCAAGACAGUAUCAAGACACUUCAGAUUCCUAGAAAAUGCUAUCUCCGGUCAAGUUGAGCAUAUAAGAGAUGUUUUGGGAGAGGAAUUAUCAGCUCCUGCCAGUGGUGGUGUUACUUCCACCACCAGUGGUAAACUUGACAGCAAUAUGGCACGACUGAAAUUCCUGGACCAAAGCUUUCAAAAGAACAAAUUGAUUGUGGGUGGUGCAGGCUAUCUUGAACACCAACAGCACGCAUGGAGGCCCCAGCAGAAGGGCUUGCCAGAACGUGCGGUGUCAAUUCUUAGAGCUUGGUUGUUUGAUCAUUUUCUUCACCCGUACCCCACGGACGCUGAUAAACACAUGCUUGCUGCUCGAACAGGUCUAUCUCGAAACCAGGUAUCAAACUGGUUCAUAAACGCCCGAGUACGUGUUUGGAAGCCAAUGGUGGAGGAAAUACACAUGCUUGAAACGAAAGGGUUGACGAGCGAGAACGAUCUGAAGAACGCUAAUAAAAAGGAGGGAAGUUCUGCCAUUGAAGGUGCGCACGAGUCAAGAAGAGAUCAAUGUUUGAGCAGCAAUCAAUUCCGGGGUCUUGAAAUAGGCGCCGGAGACAGGCAUGUGGAUGAGAUGGUGGAAUUAGAUGGGGAAGGAUGGAACCAAGAGAAGCGAUCGAAGCUGGAAUGUCACAUGACGCCAAGCUUGGACGGCACGUUAAUGGGUUUUGUGCCUUACAGAAGGGGUGGGGUCGAGGUUGGGGGAGUUGGACCGGUGUCCCUAACUCUGGGUCUCAGACACGACGACGUUGAAGCAUUACAGCAACACCGCCAUUUUGGAGGCCAUGUCAUCAACGACUUUGUUGGCUAAUUUCGUGACUUCGGAUAAUUAUCUGUUAUUUUUCUUUACCCUCUUUUUGGAACAGUGAUAUAUUGAAUGACAUGAAUCUAUCGCAGGAUGAAAACUCGGACGAGAAUAUACAAAAUGAGCCUGCUGCGCUGUCUGAUCUCUAAACUUCUGAAGAAAAAUAUAUAUUUAAAACAUUUAUAACAA